AUGAAUCUGUUGCAAAUGUGGACUCGACUCCUCCGCCUCUCCACGCCCCAUGGGGAUGGGGGCCGACCGACGCGGGCAACCUGUGGUGCUGUCACGAGCGGCAACCCCGUCAGACGCGGCACUCCCGGUCUCCUCCGGCCCUGGGAAGCGCGCGCCACAGCCGCCACUGGCAUGACGACACAGAUACGAGCCGUCGAAUCCCGGUUGCGGUUCCGACGGGAUGCUCGACGCUUCCGCCCUGCCGCCAGCUGCAACCAACCUGAAAGGAGCAGUUGCAGGUGGCUGCCGACAGCUGGCUGGCACAACCUUCUGCGCAACCACCUCCUGCGCAACGUCGUGUGCGGGUGGGCCGCUGGGCCUGGCCAGACGCGAGCAUAA